UUUAUGCUAGGCCCUACCCGUGGCACUCAGCGAGGAUAAACAUCAGUAGCUUUUGACUAUUGGCUAUUCUAGAUCUAGAAAUCUAGACCCAUUGUAAUUGUCGUGUUUUUAAAAUCCAGUUUACAUUUUUAGAUUGAAGUUCUCUAAAACACAGUAUGGCUACCAAACAGGUUAAAAAAAAUGUUACAAUAACUUCGGGAGGUGAAAGCGCAAGUUCAAGUUUUAGUUCGUCUAGCCGACGUUCAGGAGCCGGCAGACCGCCAUCACCCGCAAGGCUAUCGCGUAUGCAAGAGCAGGAGGAGCUCCAAGGUUUAAACGACCGCUUAGCAGCUUAUAUAGAUAAAGUUCGGAGCCUGGAAGCCGAAAAUAGUCGCCUAGCAUACCAAGUAAAGUCUACAGAAGAGGUUGUAAGGAGAGAAGUUACUAGCGUCAAGACCCUUUAUGAGUCGGAGCUAGCUGAACUUAGAAAACUACUCGAUGAAACUGCAAAAGAAAAGGCUCGUUUACAGAUUGAAGCAAACAAGUAUAAGUCUGAUUUUGAAGAGUUGCAGGCAAAAUUUAAUAAACGAGACCGUGAUGCUAGUGCCUUAGAAAGACGAGUCCAAACUUUAGAGAGACAAUUGGCAGAAUUUCAGUCUAGGGAACUUGAAAAAGAAAACCAGAAUUUAAAGGCGGAGUUAAGCAGAAUUGAUCUACAGUUUGCAACAGCUAAAAAGCAAUUGGAAGAUGAGACUUUACUAAGGGUUGAUCUUGAGAAUAGAGUUAAAACAUUGAAGGAAGAUCUUCAUUUUAAAAGUCAAGUUUACGAGCAAGAAUUAGAAGAAUCAAGGAUUCGUACAACUACCCAACUAGAGGAGGUAGAUGGAAGAAUUGAACAAGAAUAUGAGGCACGACUACAGGAUGCAUUGCGUGAGAUAAGAGCACAACAUGACUAUGAUUUGCAGUCUGUUAAAGUGGAGCUUGAAACUCUUUAUAAUAACAAGAUAGAGGAUUUAAGGGCACAAGCUGCAAGGAGUAAUUCAUCAUCUAGUGCUGCCUGGGAUGAGUUAUCUCUGGCUCGAAAAACUAUUGAUGACCUUUCUGUUGAGCUUAAUAAGCUUAAGUCUGAGUAUUCAGGCUAUGAUCAGCGGAUAAGAGAUCUUGAAAAACAACUUGCUAGAGAAAGAGAUGAUUUUCGAACAAGGCUGCAACAAAGGGAUGAUGAAAUAUCAUUAUUAAGAACGCAACUUGAAGAUAUAGAAAUAGAAUAUGCCAAUUUGUUGGAAAUAAAAAUAAAGCUUGACAGAGAAAUAGAAGCUUACAGAAAGCUGUUGGAAUCUGAGGAAACACGACUUAACAUAUCAGCAUCAGUAGACAGAUCAAUGACAAGUACUGCAAGUAGUGGUAAGAAAAGACGUAGAGUAGAUAUAAGUCAAGCUGUUGAAGAGUACACUCAGCGUUCAUCUUCAAGUGGAUACAGUCGCUCAGCUUCAUCAACCUGUGGUAUUGAUAUAUCAGAUGUGGACACAGAUGGCAAGUUCAUUAAAUUGACAAACACAACUGAUAAGGACAUUCCACUAAAUCAUUGGCAAGUCAGGCAUGUUUCUGGAGAUAAUGAGACAAAACAUAAAUUUUCUAAAAAUGUCAUCAAAGCUGGGCAGUCAAUAACUCUUUGGAGUGCUGAUUCAGAUCAAACACACAACCCACCAAGUGAUUUGGUAAUGAAAGGAAAAAAGUGGUUUGUCGGUGGUGAAAUGACAACUUCAUUGCUUGAUUCAGAGGACAGAGAGGUUGCGACUUGUACGAUGUCUAAAAACAUCAGAAGUGUUUCAUCUUAUAGUCAGAGACGAGCAGGUCCAAGAGAUGAAGUGGAUUCUCUAGAGCAUCAUGAUAAAGAUAAUUGCCAUGUCAUGUGAGCAUUGUAUCAGAAGUCAGCUAUUCAUCAUUUACAAGUUAAAUUUUAAUGCCAGUAAAUUCAAGAUUCCAUAAAAUGUUUUAGUAAAUCUGCAUCAAGUAAACUGAUUAUCAUGUAGUCAUACCUGUUACUGGUUUUUUGUUGUAAGUUAAUACCUUUAAUCAAAAUUUUAGUGUAAUUUUCAUUGUAAAUCUAAAAGCGAUAGGGUUGCCCUAAAUGAUAACAUAUUAUUUUAUCCAAUUAUAUUUUUAAUUGUCAUUUUUUUGUUUAAGUGUCUAAUCACAGUACUGCUUUCAUGAUAAUAAAUGUAUUAGUUUUACUCCAUAUACAUUACUAAGUAAAGUAGUAGCCUAUAUUGUAUCUAAGUAGUAAUUCUAUAGAUUGUAAAAGAAUUAUGUUCAGAACCCAAGACUAUUAAACCCUGAAUUUUAUUAUUUACCUAGGGUAAUGUUGGUGCUUAUUAACAUAUUAUCAUAUUCCUAUUCAUUUUUAAGAUCCAUUAGUUUUAUCAAAAAGUGCAUUACCUUGUUUAUGAAGGUGACCAGAAAGAUGCGCAAUGGAAAAAAAGUGCCAUAAAAUUUGCGCGACAGAAAAUAACGUACACAGAAAAAUGCACAAAGAAAUUUUAGCACAAAGACCUAUAUGGACUAGAUGACACAUACAUUAUUUUUAGGGCUGCUGUGAGAGGGUUGUUAAACCUUGCGCGAUCUACUACUAUUUAAAGAAUACCACUACCAUGAGCAUUCACAUCACAACCAUACAGCGAUAAUCACUUGACACAAAGCCUAUUUGUUUCUUGUUCAAUAUAUAUUCAACUACUAAUCUAAGUAAUCUCAUUUAAAUAAACAAAACGAUCCUUCAUAUGGGCAUUACACAGAGUAUCUCUUAUAUUCUCUCUGGUCCGGACUCCCUAGCCUUCAAACCAUAACAACCCUUUCCUAUAGCAAAAUUUCACUCUUUCAUCCGCGUCAUCAAACAUGCAUUCGUUGUAUCUCUCGCACCAACAUACCCUGAUAAAACACAUCAUAAUGAUGUAUUUAAUUUUUUUUCAUCAUGAUGCACCUACCUACCUACUAUAUAUAUAUAUAUAUAUAUGGGUUGGCGGUUGGGUGUUUGUGUAGAUAUAGAUUAUGCACAUGUCCAUUUUUCUAGCUUAUUAAUAGUGUUUCAAAACUCGAACUUUCAUACUGGUUUGGCGUAAUGUUAGUUCACUGAGCCAAUUGAGCCCUACAUUAAAUAGUUAAUCAGUUUAAUAAUGUAGACGCUAUUGGCACAAGUCUGAGUCAAAGCCUGAUGUUAUAAUAAAACUUUGUUUCUUUAUAAAAAAAGUUAUGGAAGGUUUUUUCUGAAAAUGUUUACCAAUUGAAUGCAAAAUAAUAUCAACAAUCAUAGCUCUUCUGUUAUAUAGGCUACAUGCUGCCCAUUUUGCUGUUCAGUACAUGCUUUGGUUGGGUGACACAAACCUUGUAGUGUUAAAAUAGUGUGUAAUUGAGUCAGAGAGAUGUUGCAAGAGAUGUAACAUGUAAAUGAAUUUUCAUUUUUCUGUCUGUGCUUUUUUCUGUUGCGUUUUUUUUUUUUUUUUUUUUUUGCACUUUUUCAGAUGCUUUUUUUUUUAUGGCGCAUCUUUCUGGGAACCGUUUAUAAGAACUGGUACAUUAACUUGCCCACAUUGAUUUGAUAGUUCAUCUUGUUAAUUAAUUAGACAUGCACUGCAAAGAUUGCUGUUUAUUAUAAAACAUUAAUAUGGCAUAAACCCCGCUGGCAUCUGUUAAAAUAUCCAAGUGUUACUGCUACUAUGCCUUUGAUUUUAAACUUCAUUGCUCACUUAGAAAUGUAAUGAAAAAUAGUAUUUGUAGGUACUCCAAUUUGCAGAAAAUCAAGAUUUCUGCUCAUUUUCAUUACUUUUUCACUUCUUUCGAUCACAUCGCUCUCUCAAACAAAUUAAUCUUAUAAUAUUUUUUAAAAAUGGUAUGGUUUUAAAGCUUAACUAAAGCUCAGUAAUAUGUUGUUUGUCAAGUAAUAUGUCAAAUAAUAUUUUUGUUUAUAUGCCUAGGAAAAAAAAUGGAUACAUUUUAAUAACAGUAGUCGCCUAAGAUUUAAACUUAUUAUUGUUAAAGAUUACUUAAAUAAUUAAAAACUACAUUUAUUUACCUUUGAUUUGAUACCAAUUUUAUUUAUCCACUUUAAUUGAUAGCCUAGAAAAUAUGUGAAAGAUUGCGUUUGUUUUUAAAUGGCUACGAUGAUAUGACUGAUUUUCAGUGAUAUGAUGGGUUCGUUUUUUACUUUCUCGUAUAUAUGAAGUAUAGAGAAAGUAUUGUAAUCCUGCACAAAAAUAACAUGAAAUUUUGACAGUUUUCACCGUUUUACUCCUCAGUCCUUCAUCACAUCCGGAGUAUAGAGGACUUAUUUUAAUCAGGCAAAAAUUAUAAAUACAAAUAUAUAAACGUUUUGGCGUUUUAUGCCUUAUCGAGUCUAAAAACUGGACUUUGCAAUUCUGUCUGUGUGUAAACACGAUAUCUUGAGUACCGUUACAGUUAAGUUGAUGAAAUUUCAUAUAUCAGUAUUUUAUCAAAAUCGUAGAUCCUGAUCAACUUUUGAGGCAUUUCCGAUAACCGUAAGUGGUACUUUUUCUACUUUGAAUUCUUCAAAAGCCUAUAAGUUGCAUACUAUUUUAGAUAACAUGCAUGAAAUUUCACACGUAAGUAAAAGAUCUAAUUAUCUACCUUCUGUCAAAUUUUGAGUAAUUUCCGUUGACUGGAAGUACUAAUUUACGCUAUUUCCGAUUUCUCAAAAAACGCAUGUAAAUUUAUAAAGUACUAAUAAUAUCCCGCACUUUUAUACACAUUUUAUUAGGCGUUCACUUGGUGUGGGACGGAGUGGUCUAGUGGUAGAGAGCUGGACUGCUAACCCGUUAGUCUAAAGUUCGAAUCCGAGUUCAAGUCAGGUUAGAAAGGGAAGCUUUUCACUUGGUGUGCAAUUCAUUUUUUUACAAGAUUCUAUUCAAUUAUAAAAAGUUUAAGUAAUUAAAAAUGGAUAACAAAAAUUGUCUAUGUCCUGAGUUGCCAUUCCUCGUAAUUUUAUAUUAGAAUAUUCGAGAAAGUUUCGGGGAGAUCACUCCCGGUUUAUUAAGGAGUGUUGUCGUGAUGUAUUGACCGUUCACCACCGUUCAUCAGAAAUGUGUUGUCUGCUAGAUUUCUCCCCAUUCAAAUACAAGAUUAGUUUGGUAGAAAGCAAGUUAUAAUUUUUUAUAGUUUAGAAUAUAUUUUCAUUAUGUUAAGAACAAUAUUAAAUAAAGCAAUUCAAGUUUUGCUUACUUUUAUGCGCUAAAAUAUUGAUUUUAAGUAUAUAUGUCUGAAAUGACCAUGAAACAACUGAAUCAUGGUACGGUCAUUGUCGGCAGCCAUCACUACCAUGACUAAGGUAAAAAAGUAGGUCAAGCGACAGGCUACCUUCAGUCUUGUAUACAGACAUGCCUACCAUUCUGCCAAAAGUUUGUCCAUUUUUUAUUUUUUUGAAAAAAAUAAAGAAAGAAAAGUAAUAAAUCAAGUUGAAUAAACCAGGAGUGAUCUCCCCUAAACUUUCUCGAAUAUUCUUAUGUAACACUACGUGGGAUGGCAACUCUGAAUAUAGACAUGAUUUUUAAUUAGUUAAACUUUUAAAAAUAGAAUAGAAUCUCGUAGAAAAAAGAAUGUAAGCUGACAUUAGUCGGUAUUUAAAUGUAGCCCAGAGACUAGUUAUAUAUAUAACUAAAAGUCUACUGUCAUUAGACUAAUUUUUAUUUUAGACUUAUUAAAGUAGCUUCUGUUCCUCUUUUUGGCUUCAAAUUCCUUCUUUUAGGCAUGUCUGUGUAUAAAUAUUUAAAAAUUAUUCUAGCAAAAAUGGCUUCUAACAUUUUCUCCAAAAAAUAAAAAUUUCACCAAAAUCCACUAAAAAUACCCAUCUGUUUUCCUAUUUGAAUGCGAAAAUAUCUACAAUAUCAAACAAGGCGCGAAUGGCAAAGUGUGAUAAAGAAACCAUGUAUACCUUUUGUUCCCAGAAAUGAUCAUGAAAUUUUUUACAAAGAAAACAAUCUUGGCCUUGAUCGCUAACCUGAUGUGUUUGAACGGAAUUCUAUUUUUUUCCUACACAUAUCACAAUAAAAACAGCUCCCUAUACAAAAGAAUAUAAUAAAAUAUUUUUAAUUUUAAACUAAAGUUAACUUGUAAAUUUUGAAUGUGUAGUAAAAGGUCAUGUCGACCUAGUUUUUCAUUAGUAAUGGACACCAGCGAGAAAAGUCUCAAAGGUAUUUGAGAGGUGUAUAAAUUCAUUUAAAAAUCAUGCACAGCGUAGUUACAAUUAAUAUGGUUAUAAAAUCCUGUCUAUCUGGUUUUUUUUCGGACUUUACUAAGAUUUGAUGUUUAUAAUAUUUUCGGUAACUAAAUAAAAAUAAAAAAAAAAAGCAAAAACAAUUUUCAC